AUGCUAAGCCACGCGUUUCGGGCAAAGGGAGGAAUGGAGGGCAAGAAAGCGGCUCAACCCUGCGAGCAGCAAGAAAGUGGAAACGACAUCUAUCAUCUUCUCUUGACCCAUCGACAAAGCGUCUGUCCGUCGACACGGUUGAGAGUAAAGGAAUCGAUACGUAAAAACGAGAACGAGAGGAAGACCGAAAGGAAACCGAGAAUGCCCCGUCGACCUCCUCCUGGUGGACACACUAGCAUCGUCUUUGGUGACGAUACGACUUCAGUUCCAUGGCGAUCCACAAGCCAAGCGGCUGCGGCGGAAGCUCGAACGCCACCGCCGUCCCGACCUGCAACACCUCCAAAGACAGCGACGGAACCGUGGCAGGGGAGGAAGAAUAAAAGCACAGUAUUUGGAAAUGACACGCAGGACGUGUCAGAUGGAAUCGACAAGUUGUCAAUCUCAAAGAAAAGUGGGAGAUCUCCGGGUGGAAAGAGUACCAUGGGAUCUAUCCUACAAACCAAGGAAAAGGAUGCAAAGCCGUCUCCGCCCACGGCUCCCUCCACCUCUAGGCCUUCAGGGAGCAUUGUCCCAUUAGGGGAAGACGAACGGAUCCGUCGCCCAGCGAAACGUCAACUAGGUGAUCCAGGACACAGAAGCUCUGUCGCUCUGGGUUCGCAGACACCGUCGCCUCCGCCAACACGCCCACAAUCACCAACGGAGUCUCCGCGCUCCAAACCCGCCUCCCUCCGAGUCUCAUCUCCUGGAAAGCAUUUCCAAAGCUCCAUUACCUUUGGGGACGAUGAUCCUCCACAGCCAGAGUUCAGCCCAAGAAAACAUAAGCCGGGCAGAAGAAACCUUGCCCCACCUGGAGGUGGUAAUAGCACACUUUCAUUGGCCGAAUUUGCUGGUGGUGUGGCCGUAGACACUAAAGCCAGUCCCAAGAGGGAACGUGUAGACCCGGCGUCGAUUAGCGGCAGUGCUGGCAGAACGACAGGUAAACACCGAGUUUACUAGUAGUUUGCGUGGGAUUUCCCACUGUAGAUAAUGGCCGUGAACGGGAACUCUUCCUCUAUUAUGAUUUGAUAUGCCAAGAAGGGCUUCAUCCUGUUUCCUUUUCGUAGAUUUCUUAGACGGCAUAGUUUUAAGUAGAAUAAAACACCUCCUGCUCAAGUUAAGCGUUGUGUGCCUCAUCAAUACAGCCCGUGAUUCUUCUACCUGC